CUCAAGACAGGAUUUUAGGAGAAACGUCCCAGACAAAGUCACAUACUUGAACUAAACACAAAUUACAACUCCAUUACGUCUCUAAAGCAGCAGCCUUUGAGUAAUAGUUUUCCUCUGGGGAGGCUGAAGGAUUAGGUUUCUGUGUGCGCAAUAAAGAUCUGUCUGUGCCAGGACCGUGAUCAUCCCUUCAGAGAAAUAUACAGUGCGUUUAUUAACGCAGCGUUUGUUGAUACAUACGACUCGCGUCGUAUCUGGCCAAUUAUUUAUUUUCCAUUAUGGAUCAUUUGACAGAGAAUAACUUGACAGCACAGACUCUGGAAUACCCAGUGUGCUCGGAAUGGAAGGAAAAUCCUGAAGGAUCAGUGUUUCAUCUCGCACAUAUACUGCUGGUUUUAGGUUUUAUGGGAGGCAGCGGCUUUUAUGGAUUACUCUACAUGUUCAGCUUUUUAACGCUCGGGUUUUUCUGUUAUUCGAUCUGGGCAUGGUCCGAUCCCUGCACGACUGACUCGUUUUCAUGGACUUUUGCGCUUUUCGCCUUCUGUUUGGCACAAGUUGUUCAUGGCUCGUACCGAUUGCGCAGCGUCACUUUUGAUAAGGAGUUCCAGGAUCUCUACGAUUAUAUGUUCAAAAAGCUGGGAGUAUCCUUAACUCAUUUUGGGAAAAUCGUGGAGUGUUGUGAGGGUGAUAUCUACACUAUAGAUAAAGACCACUGCUUCGCCGUGGAGGGUAAAACCUCCAUCGACAAACUGUCCGUUCUUAUCUCAGGCAGGAUAAGAGUGACUCUGAACGGGGAGUUUUUGCACCACAUCUAUCCAUUUCAGUUCCUGGACUCUCCAGAGUGGGACUCCCUCAGACCUUCAGAAGAAGGGGUUUUUCAGGUUACGUUACGUGCAGAUAACCGGUGCAGGUACGUGGCGUGGAGACGAAAGAAACUCUAUCUGCUGUUCGCGCAGCACCGCUACAUCGCCAAGAUCUUCGCGCUGCUGGUGCGCAAUGACAUCGCGGAGAAACUCUUCUCUCUCAACGACAAGGCUUUCGACACCCGCGGGUUCCGCUAUGAUCUCCGGUUACCAAGCUUCUGUCACGGACCAGAGCCAGAAAUAGAAGACACAAGUGAAUCCCGGGCAGCGCUGUGACAGAGUGAAACCAAACCGACAGAAAGAGACUCAUGAGAAACGCACGCUCCAGAUUUUGUGUAGUUGACUGAUGCUAAUUGAUAGUGGGUUUUGCCAUGCAUUGUUUUAUUCUUUUAUUUUCCACAAAUAUUUUUUUCCCCUUUGUUUUAUUUAAUUGUAGUGACCUGAAAUAAUUGUUUUGUUCAGUCAAGCCAUUUUUCAACAAUUGUUCAGAAGAUUAAGUGGUAGCCUAUUGAGUAUGAUAGCCUACCAAACUAUCGUUACACAAUAUCAAGGCAUCUAUUUGUGGAAACAUUGUUUGAAUGAAUGAGAGAUUAACUAUUUAGCUACUGAAACAAGCUUUCACAUGAAGACUCACCUACAUGAACACUGUCAAUCUGAAAUUGUUAUUUAACUGUUGCCCAUAUUGCCUAUGUGUAUAGCCUAGUUUGUUUGCUUUAUACACGUUACAUGUUCACACAUUAUUUUGAAAAUAAAAUAAAAAUAAAAAAUUAUUAUAGCGUCGUAAAAUCGGCUAUGAAUGGGCGUAGCAAUCAUUUCAGAAUUAAAGGGGACAAUAAACAGAAUAAAACCUUUU